AUGAAAUCAUCAAUAGAGAAAGUGAUUAUGACCAAUGAUAGCUGCAUAUAUUUAACUACAGCAGGUGAUAUCUUUAGUGGAGCAUUACCCAUGCACCUAGAUACUAGUGCAUGUCUCGGGAAAGUUGUGGAUGUUGCUUUGGGGUAUGAACAUAAAAUCCUACUUACUGAUGAGGGAGUAGUGUAUACCUGGGGAAAUGGCAGGAGACUACAACUAGGUCAUGGAAAUUUAAAUAACUUAGACAUCCCAACAGUAGUUACAGCUUUAUCUGGUGUAAAAAUUAUUAAAAUAAGUGCUGGAGGGUGGCAUUCUUGUGCCUUGAGUGACAUUGGCGAUUUAUAUGUAUGGGGCUGGAAUGAUACUGGUCAAUUAGGAGUAAAACUGACGACAAUUGAUAAAGGUGAACAAAGCUUUGGUAUUCCUGUGUUGGUGGAUUUAUUUUGUGAAAAUGGAGAAGAAGUACAUACACAUAUAAAGGAUGUGGCUUGUGGUAGCAGACAUACAACUAUUUUAUUAGAAGAUGGAACAUUGUGGACUAGUGGCAGUAAUAAAUAUGGGCAGUUGGGUUUUAGUGCUGAGACAUUUGAAAAAGUUAACCAUUUUAAGAAGGCAUACCAGUGUUGUAAAUCUUGUACAUUACUGAGUGGUUUUUGGAACACUGUGAUUGACACUAAUUCUUGUAGGUGCUCACACUGGUGCGGAUACGAUAAUGUUAAAGAAAUGUUGUAG